AUGUCAAACGGAAUGUUUAAUUCAAACCCAUCCGUGACCUAUAUCAUCGACCCACGAUACCGACCCAUGCAGGAAGUUGUCCGCACCACACCUACUGCUAAUCACCAGGUUGUUGGCGUUUACCAGGCUGGAGCGCAAGCAAACCCACAGCAGAUCUACUACAUGCAGAACUCGCCCAAUCCGCUUCCUCUACAGCAGAAUCAGAACUACAUCAACUACGCUCAUAACCACGCACAAAUCGGCACUCAUACCCAGAACCACGCCCAGAACCCCGUUCAGAAGCGCGUGAAGCUGAGCCACCCUGAGGAGACCCCCGCCAAGAUCUGCAAAGAGAGCUCUCCCCAGAUCGUCCUCCAGAAACGGGCCCAGAGGCCAAUCCGAGGGGUCAAAUUCGACCUUGGCCCAAGCCGCCCAAGCCAUCCGAAGCACCUUCCCCGGGCCCCAGGCCCAGCGAAGCGCCUUCGCUCAUGCCUCGCAAAGCACCUUCGCCAGCCCCCCGUGACGGAUCAAGCUGAUGAGGAACCCGAUCCUUCGACGACUUGGAAACAAUCUUUGAAACACCUUGUCGAUGAUGUCGUCUUUGAUGGCGAAGAUGGCUAUUCCCCGGAAUUCCAUAUGAAGGUUCUGGCUGCGACUUCGUUUAUUGAUGAAUUGUUGAUUGAGGUAAUCGGAUUGGUACGUUUUUUUUUAUCUCAAAGUUUGGUUAAUUCAUCUAAACCGGGAAACGAGGAAUGUACACUUCAAAAUUAUGAAGCCGAGAUUGGACCAUCGGAGGGCUUCUUGCGAUUUAAGACGGUCAAUGAACGGGCACAGCUUGUACCUAUAUCUCGCAAUGCAAUCAACUCUGCACAAAAUUAUGGAGUAGCUACCUCCAGUUUUACAAGCAAUCAAAAAUGUAUGAGGUGA